AUGGAUAAGGAAAAGCAAGAGCCGCUACUCGCCGACGAGAAGGGGCUCGUCGCCGUCGAGCAUGGCGCUUCCACGGAACAGGACCGAUCAGCGAAGGCCACUCGUGGGCCUUCUGCGCGGGCCCGGAAAGCCCUCGCGGCUGUGCUAUUCGUGUGGGGAGCGUGGACGAUGCUGGAUGGGGUCCAGACUCUCCUCAAACAUGAGCCAGAGAUGGUGCCGUUUGGAGAGCUUGGCGGUACGGACGCAGGUCUGAGCGGAUACUGGGCUGGCGUCGCGCAAAAGGGCUGGAGGGCGGCCGUCAAGUCUGGGAAACACCACCAUGGCGAUCACCACGACAAGCACCAUCAUUCCGGCAAGCACGGUCACCAUGAUCACCACGAUCAUCACGACCAGCACGACCAUGAUCACAAGCACAAGCACGGCAAACAUGGUAAAGACGGAAAGCACGGUCAUCAUGGCGGACCCGAUGAGCACCCUCACUUCUUCCCGCCCGGUCUUGCCGAGAAGGUCUUCCUCUCUGUGCCGAAUAACAACAGCGUCCGAGCUGCCUCGCACCGAUACACCGACCACGCGCAUAUCGCCGGAUCAGGCUGGGACUUCCUCGACGCCGUCUCCCUCAAAUCCGAAUGGGAGCGCGCGCUUGGUCUCCCGGUAUCGGGCCCCGAAGACUUUGUCUUCGAGGCUGGAAGCUCUGAGUCUCAAGCUCGAGUGUACAACUCCACUGGCAAGAUGGGUGUUUGGGUUGAUACGUACUACCCGGUCAUGAACACCCCUGUUUCCUCCUUCGUCACCCUGCACUCUGACCCGCCUGUGCAUGCCAAGCUAAGCGAGGAUAUCGUCGAGGGCGAUCCGGACUCGAUCCUCAGGGAUGAAGUCCGGGUCUUCCAUGGUCUGAGUGUCUCGGGGCAUGUCAAGGGACAGUACGUCUAUGCUGGGUAUGGGCGGAAGAAGGACUUCGAGCUCCUGGAGGAGAAGGGAGUUGACCUCAAGGGCAAGAUUGUGCUGACCAAGUACGGCGGCGUCUUCCGCGGAUUGAAGAUCAAGGCUGCCGAGGAAGCUGGUGCAGUUGGUGUCCUGAUCUACAGUGACCCAGGGGAUGAUGGCGAGUUCACCGAGGAGCACGGUUACAAGGCGUACCCGGAUGGGCCUGCUCGACAGCCCAGCAGUGUCCAGAGGGGAAGCGUGCAAUUCCUGUCCAAGUACCCCGGUGACCCCACCACCCCCGGUGUACCCGCUUACCGCAACGCCACCCGUGAAGCCGCGUCAAGCGUCCCCAAGAUCCCCUCCCUCCCUAUUUCGUACGAAGACGCCCUUCCCAUCCUGACUGCCCUCAAUGGAAAGGGGAUGAAGGUGUCUGACUUCGGGCAAGAAUGGGUCGGCGGGCUCGAGUACAAGGGCGUCGAGUACUGGACUGGGCCGAGCGAGGUCGAGCUGGAGAUGAGCAAUGAGGUCAACACAAGAGUCAUGCCUAUCUGGAAUACUAUGGCUACUAUCCCCGGACAUAUCUCUGAUGAGGUAGUUAUCGUCGGGAACCACCGAGACGCUUGGGUCCUUGGCGCCGCAGACCCCUCUUCCGGUACCGCCUCAAUGCACGAGAUGGUGCGCGGUCUCGGUGAGCUCGUUCAACAAGGUUGGAAACCUCUUCGAACUAUCAUCCUCGCCAGCUGGGACGCGGAGGAGUAUGGCUUGAUUGGAAGUACGGAAUGGACUGAGGACUUUGGGGAGUGGAUCUCAGCCCACGCUGUCGCCUACUUGAACACCGACGUUUCUGUCGGCGGAUCCAAGUUUGAAGCCUCCGCCUCGCCCUCCCUCGCAUGGCUCGUCCGCAAUGCCGCCGAACAAGUCAUCUCCUCCUCAAACUCGAGCAAGAGCGUCUGGGACGCCCGGCUCGACGGGAGCGACUGGCACACUUGGCGCGCAGAGGUACAGGGUUUGAUGCCUGAUGAGGCGGAUGCUAGUGCCAGUUUCAGCGCUGGGCCCGAUAACUGGGUUGGACCGCUGGGAAGUGGAUCGGACUUUACUGCAUUCUUGCAGCGAUACGGUGUUGCCGCGACGGACAUGGGCUUCAAGGGCGGACCCAAGGAUGCGGUGUACCACUACCACAGUAUCUACGACUCGUUCACCUGGCAGGAGAAGUUUGCCGACCCUGGCUUCCACAGGCACACGGAUAUCGCCAAGGUUCUGGGAUUGAUGACUCUGCGCAUGGCCGAUAGCUUGAUCCUGCCCAUCAACACCACUCAGUACUCGUACGAGCUGCUGUACUACCUCUCCAAAGUCCAAACUAUCGCCAAGGACGGCAACUACUCGUCCCAAGUCGACUUCUCGGCCCUCAACAGCUCCAUCUACCACCUCAUCAACUCUUCCCACACACUCGACGCGCACAAGGCUACCGUGCACAAGAAACUGCACAAGAUCCUGCCUAAGCCCCCUAAGAAGGGCAAGAAGAGCGCGUGGAGCCAAUUCUGGCCGAAGCGAUGCGGAGGGAGCAGCUCGGGCGUCGGUCAGUUGAUGGACCGGUGGAACGUCGAGUCUGGGUCGGAGGUGGAGAAGACGGGAUGGCCAGAGAUUCCGCAUAUCCCUGGUAUGCCUCAUCUACCUAAGCCCAAGGAGCCUAAGGAGCCGGAUCACCCUCACCCGCCUACGCCGCCGCACCCGCCUCACCCGCCUCAUGAGCCUCGCCCCCCUCACCCGCCUCAUCCGCCACACGAGCCUCACGGACCCCACCCGCCACACCCGCCUCACCACCCGCACCACCCGCACCCUCCUCCCGCGCCGCCUUCUCUCCCCAAGAAGAAGAUCGAAGAGAUCAAGCGACUCCUCGCGGAAGUUCGGGCGAUCAACGGUCUCCUCCAGUCUUUCGAAGGUGGUUUCAUCAGCGAAGAAGGGAUCAGGGACCGGGAGUGGUAUCGCCACAAGGGCGUUGCUCCUGGGAAAUGGCUGGGGUAUGGCGCGACCACGUUCCCGGCUUUGACGGAAGCUAUGACUAUCGAAAAGUCGGCCAAGUUGGCGCAGGACGAGGCGGACGAUUUGGCGAGGAUGAUCAAGAAGAUGGCGCAAAAGCUGGACAGUAAAGCUUGA